AUUCCCAGCUCCGAUCGCGAAAUGCGUUCGCUCCUCUGCCGCCGCGCGCGCCCCUUCGCUUCGCGGCGCCUCCUCUCCGCGCUCGCCAGCGGCGGCGGGGUCGGGGCCCCGAGUGCCGGGGUGGUGUACGGGUUCGGGGACAACAGCCACGGCGCGGUGGGCCAGCCGGCGCCGGCCGCCGCAGCCUACGUGCCCACGCCCGUGCCCUCCCUCCCGCCGUCGGUGAGCGCCGUUGCCGCGGGCCACUACCACUCCCUCGCCGUCUCCGCUGCUGGCGAGGUCUGGGCGUGGGGGCGCAACGACGAGGGCCAGCUGGGCCGCGGGCUCCAUUCUCCGAGGAAUACUUGGAGCAAGCCAGAACAGGUCAGAGGAUUGGAAAAUGUUCAAGUUCAUGCUGUAUCUGCUUCAGGUGUUGUUUCAGCAGCAAUCGGGUGUGAUGGCUCUUUAUGGGUUUGGGGGAGAUCAAAGCGUGGCCAACUUGGUCUUGGGAAGGACAUCAUAGAAGUUGCAGUGCCUUCUAGAGUGGAAGCACUUGCUAGCUACGACGUUGUUAAGGUAUCAUUUGGAUGGGGGCAUGCCAUGGCAUUGACAAAGGAUGGAAAGCUAUUUGGUUGGGGCUACUCGGAAAAUGGAAGGUUAGGAGAAAUGGGCCACAGUACUAGGGCACCUCCAGAAGAAUACAUAGGCAAAACGGUAGACAAGUAUUCUAGUUCAAUGCUGGAGGCUGUUGAAAAGAUGGUUGAAGAGAAAAUUAGGAGUGAGGACAAUAUGCCUAUCAUCUGGGAACCUUCUCUUGUUCAUGAAUCGAGUUCUCUUGAGGUGUCUGAUAUGUCUUGUGGACUUGAUCACUCCCUAAUUCUCUGCUCUGAUGGUGUUGUACUAAGCGGUGGUGACAACACUUUUGGACAGCUGGGUAGGAAGCCUGGGCUGUCCAAAUUGCUUCCUGUUGACAUGAGCUAUAGUCCAUUUUCCGUGUCAGCAAGUGUUGGACACUCUCUUGCGUUAUGCCAUAUAUCAACUGAAGGCACUGACGGUGUGGAAACUGGUGUCCUCUCAUGGGGAUGGAACUGCAGCUCCCAGCUUGGACGACCCGGCCAAGAAGACGUUCCAGCACUGGUCGACUGUCUGAGUGGGGAAAGGCCAGUAUCGGCUUCUGCUAGCCGUGUCCAUUCGAUUGUUCUUACUUCAGAAGGCGAAGUUUGGACGUGGGGGUCUGGCCGGGCUGGCAGGCUAGGUUUGGGCAGCUCAAUUGAUGAGGCAGAGCCGUGUCUCGUCAAUACCCUGGAAGGAGUAGAAGUCUUACAGGUUGCCGCUGGGAUGGACCAUAAUCUUCUCUUGGUCGCUGAGUAGGUUGGGCUGCUGGUUCACAGAAAGUUGUUUGGUUCUUGGUCUGGUCACUGGAACGGUUUGCAUCAGGGUGGAUGAAAUCUUCAAAACAGUUAUGAUGGUUGCUGCUUCAGUAGGCUUGUAGAAUUGGGAAGUGUAAUAUUUUCCCAUUGUUAUCUAUGCUUUCCUACUUUAUCUGUCACCCACUGGAUAGGAAUCAUCUGUCUGGAGAAAUUGAAGGUUGGCGCCAUUUUUCCUUUCCUGGAGUACGGCCAGUACCAUUGUGCAUUCCAAGACCUCUGAUGUAGAGUAACUAUGUAACUUUUUCUUUUGGAGUAUUUCCGGAGCUUUCUUGUUUUCUGUUAUCUCUAAUAGUAGUAAUAAUAGACUUGUACCAUUGGUCUUUGCAACGAUGAUGUA